UGUGACCGGAUUUGGGGACGUAUAGAGUUUCGUCGCUCUCACUGGAGGCGACCAUUUUGUAGUGGAUCAGCCAAGAUGAAGCAUUUUGCGACUCUCGCGGUCAUUCUCGCGGUUUUUUCGCAGAGCUGUGACGUGGACGCAUUCUGUGGGGACAGAGUUCUGUCAGGUAAACUCGCUCGCGCGUCCGUCCGGGCAGGAGAAUGGGUCCAAGACAACCUUCGGCGUAACCUAGUAACCACUGAUGGUCACGUCCUGGCGUCAGCUGCGCAAGCGCUAAGGCUUGUGGGAUUCAGCCUAAACGAAACCGCUGACGACAUUGAAGCGCGCAUGCAAUCCGAGAUAACGACCGCUGGACUGAAGACAAUACCGAUGGGGCGUGUUGCGCAGUACAUUCACGGUGUGUUUAGCAUCUGCGCAGACCCUAGAGCUUUCCACGAGCAUAACCUUGUCAAAGAGCUAAAACUAGGCACCAGUCGAUUCCCAGAGCAGAACUUUGACCAUUUUUUCCAAUACAGCACCGCUGUGCUCGCUUUGUGUGUCAGCGGUUACACGCACGCGUCCUUUCUCACCAGGCCUCUAGUAAACCAAAUGCUCACGUGGUCAAAAAGUAAAAAAUCUUAUAACGCCGAUACAGUUGCCGUAGCUACCAUGGCGCUGUCCUGUAUGUAUGGCGGGCGCAGAUCUGGCUCGGUUAAAGACAGGGAAAAUCAUCGUAGAGUUCGCGCGGUGAUAAAGAAGGCGACAAAAUGGCUGGCUAAGCAGCAGCGACGAGAUGGGUCUUCCGGUGAUGGCGUGACCACGGCACUCGUCUCACAGGCUCUCCUUUCGGCUGAAAGUAUCGCGGGCUCGUUCAAAAAGUGGGAAUGCGCCGCGAGUCUGCGAUACCUAGUUCAGCAGCAGCAAAGUGACGGAUCCUAUGGCGACCUGAUGUCAACCAUCCAGAUAAUGCCCGUACUGGUUGGAGCGAUACCCGCUGACCUCAGAAGCCUCAAGUGCCAGGAGAAGUCAGAGAGAUCCCAAGAGCUUAUACAAGUCUGCGUUCAGCUCCAGAUCCCCCAAAGCGCCAUCAACCAUCUCUCCUCCCCACCCCCUCCCCCCUUGUAUCUAAAUUUCACCAGCGGAACUAACGCCCAUAAGAUUCUCCGCCUAGCGGCUCAACAUGACCAGCGGUAUGCCUUCACCACGCGCAAGAGCAGUUACGGUCACAUGAUCACGUCCAUAUAUGGUCUUGAGGAAAGACCCGAGAAGAAGAUGCACUGGAUGUUGUUUGCGACACAAGACAAGAUGGCGUCCACUGGGAUUGAUGGCUACCGCCCGCAGCACGGCUCUUGUGUCAUUUUUAAGUAUAUGAAUGUUUAAAGUCUGUACAAAAUGUGUACACACUGUCCAAAUUGAAUAUACCAGGGGCGUGUCUAAAUAACAGGGGAAGGGUAGGGUCCAAAGUAGUAAUUCACUGAUCACGGAAAAUCGGCACCCUUAGCUCUGGUAAUAGGUCACUAGAUCUAUCUAGAAACUUCUCUAUCGAAAUACACACAUAAAACUGA